UGACUUUACACUACUCAAGGUUGCUGAAACUUUAACAUGGACAUACCACAGAAGAACAACCUGUCCGACCACACGGAGACAGAUGUCAGAAAUAAUUCUGGGAAGCAGCCAGUCACAGCCUGUCUGUUGAAUGCAGCCUUCUUUGGGGCCCUGGGGUCAUCUUUCCUCUAUGGCUACAACCUGUCUGUGGUCAACGCUCCUGCUCUGUUCAUCAAAGAUUUCUACAAUGAGACGUGGAUCGAGAGAUAUGGGGAGCCUAUCGGAGCAGAGGCAGUCACCCUCCUCUGGUCCGUCACAGUGUCCAUAUUUGCUAUUGGAGGUCUUCUGGGAGCAGUGUCUGUCUCUUUAUUCCUCAAAGUGUUUGGAAGGAAGGGAACCUUGCUGCUGAAUAACAUCUUUGCCAUAAUCGCUGCGCUGCUGCUGUCCCUGGGCGAGAUGGCAAAAUCUUUUGAGAUGCUCAUCAUCGGUCGUCUCAUCAUCGGGGUGGACUCUGGUAUAGCUCUCAGUGCCCUCCCCAUGUACCUGGGAGAAAUCUCCCCACGACAUAUCAGAGGGUUCAUCGGCCAGUUCAACUCCAUCCUGAUCUGCCUGGGAGUGUUCACAGGACAAGUGCUGGGACUGCCCGAGCUGCUGGGCCAGGAGUCCAGGUGGAACUACUUGUUUUCCUUCCUGGCGUUUCCAGCAUUGCUGCAGCUGUGUGUGCUUCCCUUCCUGCCAGAGAGUCCUCGCUACCUACUGCUGGAGAGGAGGGAUGAGGCUGGAGCAGAGAAAGCCUUCCAGAGGUUUUUGGGGAAGACGGAUGUGUCCCAGGAGCUUGAGGAGGUGCGGGGGGAGGCUCAGGCUCAGGGCACCCUGCACACAGUCUCUGUGUUACAGCUGCUGAAGACCCCAACUGUUCGCUGGCAGCUCAUCACCAUCAUCAUCACCAUGGCCUGCUAUCAGCUCUGUGGCCUCAACACUAUCUGGUACUACACUAAUGGGAUCCUUCGGGAAGCGGGCUUUGCUGAUAACAUCCUCCCCUACAUCACACUGAGCACCGGGGCUGUGGAGACGUUGGCGGCUGUUAUCUCAGGUUUGGUGAUAGAACGAAUCGGCAGGAAGCGUCUCCUCAUCCUUGGGUUCUCUGCCAUGGCCGUGUUCUUCAGCCUCCUCACCGUGUUCCUCAAUUUCCAGGAUAGUGUAUCAUGGAUGCCCUACCUCAGUUACAUCUGUAUCCUGGCUGUGAUUGCGUCCUUUUGCUCUGGUCCAGGUGGUAUUCCCUUCAUUCUGACCGGAGAGCUGUUUGAACAGUCCUACCGCCCCGCCGCCUUCAUGAUCGCUGGCACCGUGAACUGGCUCUCCAACUUUACCGUGGGCCUCCUGUUCCCAUUCAUUCAAGAGACGCUGCAGUCCUUCGCCUUCCUUGUCUUUGUGGUGGUCUGCACCCUGGGAUCUAUCUACCUCUAUGUCGUUCUUCCCGAAACUAAAAAUAAAACGUUCAUGGACAUCAGCCAGAGCUUUGCCAAGAUCAACAAAAUCCCUGCCCCCUCCCCUAGCCAUGAAAUGGAGCUGGCUCUGUGCAUUCAGCCGAAAACAAGUGAAAAAGUCCCAGAUGUGAAAAUGGAGAGUUCAUUCUAAGUGUUGUAUUGUGGAGGAAUCAGGUUUGAAACUAAAACUGAUAUUUGUCAUUUUUACAUAUUUAUUUUAUCACUGUGAUGAAUGAAAUCGAAUUUAAUGCUUUUUUGAUAUUUUGUAUAUUUUGUAUGUUUUGUAUGACUGGACUAUUUAGGAAUAUUACAGAAUUUCAGUUUAAAGCAAUUCAUAAAAUAAAAGGAAC